AUGCCUUCAAUACUUAAAUCUCCUUUAUUAAAAAUAGAAGAUUUUAGAACUCAAAGUCGAGCUACUCAAAAUACAACACGUACAGUACGUACAACAUCUACCACCACUACACAAAAUACUACAAUGACACCUAUAACACCAAUUGAUUUAGAAGAUCCUCAUCAAGAUUAUAUAAUUCCCAUAAAUACUUACACCAUUAUCACUGAAAGUACCACCUCAUUGAAUAACAGAAAGAUUGCAGAUUUGAUUUCAGAUUCUGAUGAUAAAAGACAAUCUCGUGGUUCAUCAGGAUCAGGUUCAGGUUCAGAUGAUGAUCCAGAUAUAAUAUUACCUGAAGCAUCAACUUCUGCAGCUGCAGGUGGAUUUUUAUUUCCACCAUUUUGGUGGUUCGGAUCAUUUUAUCCUAGAGAUCCUAAAUAUGAAACAGAUUUCAAAUGGAAAAGAUAUAAUCGAUUGAUGUCGAUAUUUUCUUUAUUCUUCAUCACAUUAAUAAUUGGAAUAAUUAUUUGGUAUUUAAAAUCUGAUAUGAAAGCUGUUUACCAAUAA